AUGCCGCAUGCGGCGCUGAGAGUGCUGCUUCGUUCGCCUCCUUCCCUCCUCGAGCUGCUCUUCUUCGGGCCUGUGGAUGCUCGAACCCUCGACCUCCUUUCCUCCACGACGACACAGUGUCUGAAGCGAUUCCUGGAGAAAGAAAUCGAGAUCGAGAGGAAGCAGAUUCAGUCGCCGAUUGUUGUCAGCAUCUUACGCUUCAACCUCUCCCACUCUCCACGCCUAGACUUGUUGGACCUGUGGAACAUCCUACACGUGCACUGGUUGGACGCAAUCGAGCUCGAGGGCUGGAAGGUCUCGUCGAUCAGUAUGCGGGAAGGGAACUCAGAAGCCCACAAGAACGAAGACCGUGGUGCACUCCAUCUCUCCUCGUCUGCACUACUUCAGAAGGCAUGUUUGCCCGCAGCCUACGAAGAGUGCAUCCUCGAAGAGGGCGAAGACAAGCUUGAGACCAGCGUGAAGCAGGAGGUCCAGGAAGACAGCAGAGCUUCGGGGUUACCGCUCCCAAAGGUGGUCGAGCAGCUCGUGAAGGAAGGGACGUCGCUGCAGUGGAACUCAUCAUCUGGAACUUUUGUUGUGGUCGACGGAGAGAGGUUCGAAGAGAGGUUCAAACAGCUGCGGAAGGUGAGGCAGAAGCAGAAGGAGGGGAGCAGAGAAAGGCCUUUCAGUCGUAUGCACAACUUCUACGUGCUCGAGUUUGGAGAUCGAUGGGCGAAGACAGGAAGCAUCUUCCGACCGAAGAGCCCCGAGUUCGUUCCCAAGAUCGAGCGAUGGGGAGACGGGGAGUCCCAGCCGGCCAAGAAGCACUUCAACGGUACGAUGCAACAACACUGCCAGACCAUGCAUGACUGUGGAGUUCAACUCUUGGCUGAGCUCAUGUUGAGGUCAAGAAAAGAUCAAGGAAACAAGCGCGACAGAAGUGAUCAGUACAAGGUCGACGACACCAAGGCAGCAAAACAAGCAAAAGUAGAGGACAAACCCGUCGAGGAGGAGAAGCCUGUAGAGGCUCCCAAAAAGCCUGCGGAGGCUCCCCAAAAGCCUGUAGAGGAUGCAAGUGCUCAGGCGCAAGACACGGCUGCCAAGGCACCGCCGAAGAAGAAGAGGCCUGAUCCUAAGGAUUACAUGUUCUCCAAGCUGAAGGGACAGACGUGCAUCAAGGUGCCUGGCACCAUCAACGGCCAGAUGUUUAUCAUCGAAGACUGCGAGGACUGUGACAUCUACGUGUGCGAUCAUCUUGCGCAGGUGCAGAUUGACUACUGCAAGGGCUGCAGAAUCUUCGUUGGGCCCACAGAGAGCAGCAUCUUCAUCCGCAACUGUGAGGACUGCAAGUGUAUCUUCGCAUGCCAGCAGUACCGAUCCAGAGAGUGCAAGAAUUGCGACACCCUGCUCUUCGCCUCCACCGCCCCCGUCGUCGAGGAGUCAGUCAACAUGCGCUUCGGCUGCUUUCGGUUCUUCUACGCGGAUCUCGCCCGCCAGUUCACCGCCUCGAACCUUUCAGUCUUCGACAACAAGUGGAGUGAAAUCUACGACUUCACGCCCAAGGACGGCAACUGGUCCUUCCUUCCGUUCGACGUCAAGUCGACCGACCUGCUGAAGCCUCUCUCCUCCCUCGGGUCCUUCGUGUCUGAGGAGGAGGACAAGGCCCACAGCGACGUGGAGGUAGUGCCCCUGACCGCUGGCAACCGCAAGCAGGACUAUGCCAGCAUGGCGAGAGCGUUUGUGCUGAUCAUGCCGUCUGCUGUGGAAGAAGGAGGCGCUAUCCUCGCCAAGAUGGAGGGCAAGCAGGUCCUCAUGCAGACAAAGCAGAUGAAGCUUGACGCGCGCAAGGCGAAGGAGCUGAUGCUCAAGUCCGGCGAGCCGGCGAAGCUCAACGAGCUGGUCAACAAGCCCUGCGUCGGGGUAGAGGUGGCGUCGGCUGAUGCCCCUGGAGACAUCGCCGAAGUUCUCCAGGAGGAGAAGCAUGCUGGCAAGGUCUACGUGUCAGGGAGCUCGGAAGCAGCGAGCUACGAGGUCACUCUCUUUUUCGAUCAGUGGAGGGACUUUGCGGGAGCCUCGCUGCAUUGA